CCUUGCUUAUUUCAUAUCAUCCGUUUCUCCAAUCGUCUCCUAAAUAUAAUCUACUCAACCCUUUUCAUGGUCUGCUAAAUUCUUGUGAAUAACAGUGUUCCGUGGCAUUUGACUAUUAGCUAUGCACCGUUUUUUUUUUUUUUUAUGAAGAAGAAGGAGGAGAAACUCAGACGAGAUUCUAAAGUCGCAUGAUCAUAGUCUCGACGACAAAGAACAUCAUUGAACCAUGCCAAAAGAAAACUGGUACGAAUAUUACAUCCGCAACAGGACCUCCAGGUCAGAGAAGCUGCGGCGCCGCGAGGAGAAGUUGGAAGGGAAACACAGCACGUUGAAGAUGAUGAUGUUCGCUGUGCCCAUCGUUCUUCUAGUGGCUGUCCCAGUCUUCACCCACUAUGCCCUCACCACAGAUGCCAGAUCAAAUAGACCCAAGAACCGAGAUGUUGAAACCACGCUGACCGUAGAUACUGUUACAUCAGCAACGGCCAAAGACAAUGACACAGAGUACGAUCCAGUUACCAGGCCUUUCAACAGCAGCAGGAGUGGACGGAACUUGCGUAUGAAGAAGACGGCGGUCCAGCAGCAACUGAGAAUGAGGGACCCGUUGUGCACACCGGAUUUUCCAAUGAACCAGACAGACAACGCUUCGUUGAGAACGCGGCCCCGAAUAGCCAGGCGUCGUUUGUAUCCCAUCACGGACGGUGCUACCUCUGUAGAAGACGCGAAAGAGAAAACUGGCACUGAGUAUACCACGUGGCGUCCGGUUACGAGACGCCGAAAUAAAGAGGACGUCCCAGAAUCCACAGCAGAGACAGAUGAGGUACAAUCCACGGCGACAGAGUCUUCCGAAUUCGUUACACUCGAGGAGGAAUCUACAGUAGUCACAACGACGGAGCUUCCGCAAACGAAGGACAAUUUCACAGGAACACGCGACCGGAGACAAGGAACUUCUUCGGAUGAAUUUGAGGACGAAGAAUUCGUCAGAAGAAAACCACAACGUCGCACAACUCGGAGAAAAAGGGCUACAACUCCAACUACGGAGGCGAAUGUCCAUUUUUACGGAGAAGACGACGUCAAACACGACCAUUUUCACCACUGGUAGCGACACGAGUACACUGAAUGAUAAAGGCUGUUAAUUAAAGUGCUUUCCAACUAA